AGAAAAAAAACCCUGAUGUGUGUCUCUAAAUCAGGCCGCAGUGGACGAGAAUUGUAUUUAUUCAGCUUGCGUUAUACAGACGAGUUAAAACGGAUCCUGCACGAAAUCAACAUCAGUUGUGGGAUUGUCUUGCCGUUGAUGCCGAGAUGUUGCGCCGCUAGCAAGAUGGCUACACCCUCACAACCUCUUCUCCUCAUUAUAUGUGUGGCAGCUCUGCUCGCGUCGGCCGCCAAGGCGCUGGCUUUCUGCCCCACCGGCUGCACCUGUGAUGAUGACACGUUGGUGGUGACAUGUAUCGAGGCCAACUUGGACGUGAUUCCAAUCACACUGAACCCUUCUAUCCAACGGCUGGUGCUUAAAUACAAUCGCAUCAAGACGGUGGACGCUGCCUUUCAGUUUUACGGUGAGCUCAAAUACGUGGAUCUGUCAUAUAACCAUUUGGUGAGCAUCCACACGAGGAGUUUUGAAGCUCAGAGGAAGCUGGUCGAACUCCAUCUCAAUCACAACAAAAUUUCGUCGGUGAGUAAUACGACGUUCGUGGGUUUGAGAGCCCUUACUGUACUCAGCCUAAGGGGUAACUAUCUGGAGGAACUCCCAGACCGUCUCUUCAGCCUUCUUCCACAGUUGGAAGAACUUGAUCUAGGUCAGAAUCGAGUGUCACGUGUUGAUCCAGCCGCAUUUGCUGGCCUGACAGCUCUGAGAGUGUUGUACCUCGACGAUAAUCAACUUCGUGCCGUGCCUACAUCAUCCUUUGUCGAACUCAGUAACCUGGCCGAAUUAAAAGUGGGACUGAAUGCAUUUACAGCGCUACCAGAUGACGCAUUCCAUGGGUUAAAUCGCCUAACUAACUUGGAUGUUAGUGGAGCCAGCUUACAAAACAUAAGCGAGAAUGCUUUUCGAGGCUUAUCUGUGCUCAGGAGCCUUGGCCUGCAUGACAAUUGUCUGCGGGUCGUCCCAACACGCCAGCUUGCUAUACUCCCUCGACUUGAGGAGCUCAGUGUCGGGCAGAAUGAAUUCACUGCCUUGGAGGCUCAUGCAUUCCAAGGCUUGGAGAAACUGAAGCGACUUGACGUAUCUGGAGCCCAACAACUCGAACGUGUUGAGAAGGGCGCCCUUGCCGAUAAUUUGAACUUGGAGGCACUUGUCCUGAGUAGUAACAAAAAGCUGUCGUCAAUUGAAGAGGGUGCCCUUGCAGGUCUGCCAAAUCUUAGGCACCUGGUGCUUCGGGACAAUGCUUUCACCACCUUCUCUGAGCCAUUGGCCACAUGGCCAGAGCUGCGAAAACUAGACCUGGCAGAGAAUCCUCUGGAGUGCAGAUGUUCACUGUUGUGGCUCCGUGAUCUCCUGGCACGUCGAAAUGCCAGCCAAGUCUUGUGUGCAGCACCCAAACACCUCAAGGAUCGACCUCUGAAGUCACUGUCAGCAGAUGAGUUGGGCUGUGCCCUCCAUGAUACCCGGCAACAAGCCAUUAUUGGCGCACUUUGUGGCACAGGAGUGGCCCUCAUAGCACUGUUAGGAAUCCUGCUUUACCGCUACAGACGCCGCCUUCAAGAUGCCCUCAAAGACUACAAGUGGAACAAUCGUGCCAUAAGCCGAAAGGAACACGAGUAUCAGAAGACGUUCUCUGACGAGGACUACAUUGUGCGUGCAGCUCAACAGCAGAGUCUCAAGCCAAUACCUGUGACGGAACUGUAGCUAGAGCUCCUUGCCUCCAGCCCAGUGCCCAGUGUGUUCUUCCUUCCCACAGGGGGACCUGGAGGGACGGAGGCCAAGGUAGGAGCAGGGUCUGCUGCUACCGCUAGUGGUGGGCGGCGUUCUACCCGAUCUGGACACAGAGGCA